AUGGCAGGCAAUAAAGGAAAAGUCAAGGCAAACACGGAAGAAAAAGAAAAUGAUGAUAAAACUAAUAACCUCGAAGAUGCUGCAGAAUCAAAAGAUCAAGAAGAAAAGGCAACAGUUCAUCAUGACUUUGGCAAACGUUGGCAUAACUUCCGAAUGUUAGAUCCAUCUUCUGCUAUUCUUCGAGGAUCGUGGGCGAUGACUCAUCCACGGUUCAAGCCAAGGAGUCGUGGAAAUCAAGGAGCUCCGUGUUCUGUGGUGGCCAUUGUGUUUGGACAAUUGUUCGAGCCGAAGGACUGGACGAAAUACAUGGUCGACAGCGUCCUUGAGUUUGGUGACAAAUUGUUCCUGAUGAGCGCAACCAGGAACCGUGUUCUCCCGGGAGUGUACAUGACCGUGAAUCUUGUAUAUCCGGAGUUUUUCGUCGGCGAUUACAAGUGUACAAUUUGUACGGAGGGCAGCAGCGUAUACGGUAACCUCUUCAGCGAAAGCGUGGGCUGCCCGGACUUCACCGACGGCCUGCAGCGAUUCUUCAAGACUAACGACGCCGGCGUGGUAACGACGCAAGGUAUUUCGGUGGCAAUGUGGCGUAAUCGAGGCUCCGGAUUCCUCCAGUUCGAUCCUUCAGAGCGAGGAGAAGACGGGAGGAAGCUGAGAUCGGGUACCGCAUGCCUGAUGUACUUCAAGUGUAUGAACGACAUGCGUGAACUUUUCCUGAGCAACACGGAGAAGAAGUUUGACUCCCGUUACUGCAUCGCCAAGAUAACCAUCCUUCGAGUUACGCCCAUCCAGAGAUGUGGCUUCGAUUCGUUGGGUAGCGGUGAAUGCAUCGCACAGAUCUCGGGUAUGGUACCCAACAAAAAAGUGCUGAAAGCGAUCAACCCCCUCGAGGUAGAAGACGGGAAACCAGGCUGUGCGACGGGCGGUCCUCAGAACUCUAAGCCAGCGGUAUCUGCAGAUAUGAAAGUGCAAAAGGAGCCGCUCUCGAUUACGAUAUCAAACUACAGCAUAGGAGAGAAAUUCGCAGCCGAGCCUCUCUUUGACCGUAAUAACUUCGACACCGGUUACGAGUACUACGAUAUGCACGUCAACGUGCCGUCAACGUUUAAGGAGCUGCCAGGGGAUAUGGCCAUACUGCACGGCUGGACACAUGAAGGGUUCGACAUCUACAAAGGCAAGGGGGCCCAGAACGUCACGAAUUGCGUCAUGGCGAUCGGAAUGAAGAAGGUACACGCGGUCAGGUCGUGGCUGAGGCCAAGACUAGACGAGAUUCUUGCCCUGGGCGACAGUGUUUACGCUGAAGUAAAGGUGGAGAAACCGAGCAUAAAGUCAAUGACUGCGAGUGACAUGAACGAUACGAAGUUCAAGAUCGAGAACAAGAGGCUGAUCGUUGAUGUGGACCUUGUGACCGUGGUCGGAACGAUCAGCUCGAAGAUUCCCUCAGUUUUGAACCUCAGACAGGCCUUGGAAGAAUUUUUCCUCGUAAAUACAGAAGGCGUGUUGGAGUGCACGUCAAUGGCUGUCGCAGUGUGGACUCAGGAGGAUUACUACUACACAUUUGACCCUCGACAAUGCGGGCCACUAGGGGUACGCAUUGCGGAGGAGAAGGGAAAGGGCGGAAAGGGAGGUAAGGGUAAGGCUGCGGUAGGUUCGAGCGAAAAAAAGAUAAUUGGAAAGUGCUGUGUGAUACGAUUUCCGAAUCUUGACUCCCUGGUCGGUCUGUUUCUGAAGAACAUUGACCCAGCUAAAAAGAACGAUCGGUUUACGUUGCGGCACGUAAUCGUGGUUGAGGAUCUGCCCGGUCUGCGUGCGUGGAACGACUUUGCACCUGGGGGACUCGGAAAGUGGGUGCUGCAGGGAUCAAUCACCAACGAAGACGAGUCCCUGGAGGAGGAGAGCGCUGGUCGACAAGGCCUGGCGAUUCCAGUUGUCGCGUUAGUCAACGCUAAGGAAACGCCGCCUGCAAAGUGGACAAUGGACACGGUUGACGAAGCGAUACGCGAUGGCGAUGCCUACUAUAACUGGUGCCAGGAGCUCAUACAGUCCGACGACGAGGACAGGAAGUUCCUCGUCACCGAUCUCCGGAAGGAUUUUUACAUGAAAAACAGGAAGAUCAAGGUGGAGUACGAGGACUGUACAAUCGUUGGCAAUCUAAAGGCUCCAGAGAAUGGCGACCAGCUGAAUCUCAUGCGAGGAAUAACGCAAUUCUUCAAUACCCAACAAUACGGCGUAGUUCAGGUGAAGGACCUGAAUGUCGCUGUAUGGAAGUACGAAGAAGAGCUGAAAGAUAAAUCCAAGGAAACUUCGUACUACUACUUUGAUUCGAACGCUAGGGGUAAGAUGGGCCAGCGAAAUUUCGAGGGUGAAGAAAGUGAGCCUGCAUCUUGCGUGAUACGCACCCUAGAAUUACCUCUGCUGGCCAAGUAUGUCGAGGAAAAUAUUAACCCAGACGCUGAAGGAGUCACCGACGAGUUCAUGAUACACGGCAUAAAAGUUGUUUCGAUAGGGCAACCUAUGACCGAAGACGAGAUGGAGAAGGAUAAGCAAACUCCAAUGAAGCCGGAUCUAAAUCAGUACACGGCUGUGGGUGACACGGGUGCUUGUCUGAACGGAAGCAUUAACCAGGGUAACGAAGUAAUGUUUAAGCACCAGACGCGUAACAAACAACAAGCAGGAACGGCUCUGGUCACGCUGGCGAUGACAAAAUUGUACAACCCGCAUCUGUGGUACAGAGAAGUAGUGGACGAGGUACUUAAGAUUGGUAACAAGUUGACCUUCGAAAGUCUGGAGAACUUUCCAGAGCCCGAAGAGGAGGAGGAAACACCUCGACACUACCUCCACACGAACGAGGUGAACGACGAGUUCUACAUUGGUGUUAAUCACAUAAGCAUAGGCUUGGACGAGGAAACUGUGACGGGGAAACCAUCUGAAUUAGCCAAGUCCUUGGAGGAAUUUUUCGAGGAACAGACGCACGGUGUUUUUAAUUGCGGUACGGUGAUAAUGCCCGUUUGGAAGGAGGGGAAUGUCUUCUUCACGAUGGAUCCAAAGGGGAGGGACAAUCGCGGCGAGCCUAAGGAGAAGGAUGGUACGGCCGCUGUAAUGUGGUUCAUGAACAUCGCAGCCCUGGCCAGUAGCAUACAAUCGUCGAUAGAAAAAUCCGACGAAGACUUCACGAUUGACAGCGUCACCGUCGAUAACGAGUACGAGACUCGAGUGGCGGAGGGAGACCGUCUGCAGAGGACAACUUCGACCGAAGAACUAUGGCACAACUUUCCAAAGUUGUCGGAAGGUGUUUGGGGCUUCUCGGGUACGGUGACGAUGAGCGAUGAGAAAUUCAAAGAAGAAAAUCGGGACAAUCAGUCAGCUGCUGUCGCCGUGAUGGCCGUGGUAUUCUCUAAGGUCUAUCAACCCCGAUUUUGGAAGCCCCAGGUUCUCGACGAGGUGAUUAUCACCGGGGACAAGCUGCAUUCAAAGUGCACGGAGAGGCUGGGCCGGGACGGAAGUCAGAAGGUGAACGAAGUAAUCACAGAAUUCUUCCUAUCGAAUCGACGGAUUGACAUCACUGUCAAGGACUGCGUUCAGGCCGGCGAUCUUGCCGGGAAACCACCAAAAAUGCAAAACCUCCAGGCUGGAAUCGACAAAUUCUUCGACGGAAAUGAUUCCGGGGUGAUUUCAUCCCGUGGGACCAAUAUAGCGGUAUGGAAGUUCAAGGACUUUUACUACUCUGUAAUUCCAAAUUCUUCAGAUGGCGGAGAUAUUUCCGGUGUGCCGCGAGUCCUCCGAUUUUCUAACACCCGACUGCUGGUGGAGAACUUGCUAUCAAGCCUGGGCAGCGAGGGAGACUACGAAAUAAGCGGGGUCGAUAUCGUCGACUGGAACAGACUUCCACCCUGGAAAUUUGACCCCAGUCUCGGCGUUCGUCCCGCGAAUUUACCACCGUUGAAUGCCUACCAACGGAUGACCGGCGCACGUGCCAUAUUACGCGGUACGACGCACCAGGGUUCCGAAAUAUUCCCAGUCGCCAUACGGAACAGACAGACCGCCGCGAACUGCGUCGUGGCCCUGGGCCUAUCGGUGAUAAAGAGCCCGAUAACGUGGACGAAGAAAUCACUCGACGAAAUUCUGGUGGUGGGCAGCAACGUGCACAAGGAAACUACGAAGGCUAGACCAACGCGGACGAAGAUCAAGCCGGAAGAUGUGAUCAGGGUCUUUUACGUCGGUGUGAACAUCCUCACGGCUGACGUAGAGGGCGGUACGCUGACCGGGCAGGUUGCACCAGAGCCGCCAAAGCCCGAGGAGAAGGGUAAGGGCAAGGGCAAUAAGACAGCAAAACCGAAGAAAGACAAGGGCGGAAAGCAAGGCAAGAAAGGAGUUACGAAACGGGAACCACCGCCUCCACCACCGACAGUAAUGCUCGAAGAAGGGCUACCGAAGUUCUUCGAAAAGAAUCGUGCCGGUGUGCUGAUGGCCGGAAGAUACAUGGUCGCGAUCUGGAUAGAUCUGGGGGUGUACUUCAUCUAUGAUCCGAGAUCGAGAGACGAGCAUGGACUGCAGGCAGAUCCCGGAACUGCCUGCGUAAUGUGGUUCGCCUGCAUCGAGCCCCUCUACGACGUUAUAAUCGCAAAUCUCGACGAGAAGGAGAAGUACGGGGAGUACUCGAUCGCCAGGGUGAUCAUCAAGACGACCCUAAUCAAGCCGUUGCCGUGCCCGACUGGUUUCCGUCCAGUUCAAGAUUGCACCGCUCCGCCGAUCCCCGUUUCCCCACUAAAGAAUCUGACGACCCUGGACGUGGAGACUCUUUCGGAAUACCUUUACGUCGACGAGGAACUGAGUGUUCUCAGGGGGAUUGGUCAUCUCAACGACCGCAGCUUCGCAGUGACGACUCGAGGACUUCAGAGCACCGCGGUCGCCGCGGUCGCGAUUGUCGUCGGAUUGCUUCACGUACCCUCGACUUGGACACCGGAUUUGCUCGGCGCAAUAAUGGUGUACGGGGAUCAGCUUCACGCCGACAGUGUCCGCGUCUUCAGACCCGGCGCUCGCGUACUCUCGCCGAGUGAACUGCUCACUGUGUUCAUCGUCGGUGAUUUUCGAGCCAACAUAAACAUCCACCAUCACACAGUGGCCGGCCUGCUCUAUGUCUACGACCUUAUCGAGGGACUGACCCUCUUUUUUAGGAACAAUUGUUCCGGCAUACUGCAUCUCCCGAAUGUGGCUGUCGCCGUGAUGCAACACUAUGGAAAGUUCUACCUCGUCGAGCCGUUCUCCAGGGACGAAGCCGGCAGAGCAACCCCGGAUGGGCAAUCGUGUGUUAUUAAGUGCGAAACAAUAUCGAGGAUGGCUAAAAUAUUUGUAUCCAAUUGCAACUACAAAAAACCCACUGUUUACACUAUCAAUGCUGUUAAUGUACUCAGCCUGCACUUUUUCUCAGACGCCAAAAACGAAUGUCCGCCACCAUGUGUUAAAUAA